UAUCUUUACAGUCGCAAUAAGGAUUUGUACUUUCAGCCGGCCAAGGAAAUGCCACAGAUGAAGACAGUGAUGCUGAGAAUGACGAAUCUGCGACUGCAUGCCAGUGGCGUGUUCAGCAACGUCUAUCGAGGAACGUUAUUGGAACCGGCCCCACAGCGUGAGAUUGCGAUCAAGAAAACUUGGCCAGAAAAUAGAGAACGGAAUUUCGAAAUGCUUUUUUUAACCGGUAUUGGUAGAAAACCACAUAAAAACGUUGUUCAAAUGAUUUUUGCGUUCUCAAAUCGAUCAGGAAAGCAUGACAGGCUGUGCGAAUCGUUUGUUUUCGAAUUUCUUCCUGACACACUUGCUUCGGUGAUUAAACGAGAAAAACUUGACACAACAGAUAUUAAACUCUAUGCAUGGCAACUAUUUAAUGGACUUCGUUAUCUAAGUGCGCAUAGUAUCGUUCACCGUGACAUAAAGCCGAUGAACGUAUUAUUGGAUCAUUUGGUUGGGCUGUUAAAAAUUGGAGAUUUCGGUUCAGCUAAGACAGUUAGAAAGGUAGCCAAGUCAACUGCAUAUCAGGUCACCAGAUUCUACCGACCUCCUGAAUUGCUGCUAGGCGCUGAAUACUACAACUGGACCGUCGACAUUUGGUCUGCCGGGUGUGUUCUUGGAGAAAUGAUCCGUGGGAAAGUUUUGUUUCCCGGACGUCAUCGAAAACAUCAGCUGAAGCUGAUUUUUUUGUGUAUCGGCAGUCCAACAACGGAGGACGUAAAAGUGAUGCGGGUUCCAACCGAAAUUAUAUUCGAUGGCUAUGUAGUGGUUGGCACUGGAUUGGGCAUGCUGUGCCCGAAUGCGGAUCCUCAUCUGAUCGGUAUUCUCUCGAAAAUCCUCGUUUAUCCUCCCAAGGAACGCCUACACGGACGUGGACUUCUCUUGCACCCGGUGUUUGACUCCAUACUCCAGUUAAUAAAUGAUUUAUAA